AUGGUCUCGACGUCGCUUCUUCUCGCCGCUGCCGGCUUGGCGUUCAUCGUAUCGUCGGUCGACGCUGCGUGCCCGGCCCGCGUCCGCAAGUCGUGGAACCGCUACUCGGUGCAGGAAAAGGCCACGUACAAGAAGGCGGUCGCCAAGGCCAUGGACACGCCGCUCUACGAACGCUUCAUCUCGAUGCACUCGGACCAAAUGAGCAACACGGAAGCCCACGGCACGUGUGUCUUUCUCUUCUGGCACCGCAAGUUUCUUCUCGGGUACGAGAACAUGCUUCGGAGCAUGGGCUCCGAGUUUGCGUGCGUGACGCUGCCGUACUACGACUAUGUCCAAGACAACCUCGGGUUUGCCGCCAAGAGCUGCGCCACUAUCGAAGCGUGCUCGUCGCUUUUGCGGGACAUGGGUGGUUCGAGUGGCCGAUCAACGACCAUCAAGAUUCAAAAGUUCAACGUCCAGGGCAACUGCGUCGCGACCGAGCCGGUCAACCACUUUUGCGAGUCGACGGCCAGCUGCACCAAAUGUGUGCCCCGGGGUCCAUGGUCCACGACCAAGUUUGGCGCCGACGUCGGCUUUGCGUCCAUCAAGAAGCAAAUCUUCAAGGGUACGACCAUCGCGCAAGCCAGCGCUGCGAUCGAGCUUGCGCCCCACGGGUCGAUCCACGGCACGCUGAGCAGCACGAUGAACAACAUUUACAUUUCGCCGACCGAGCCAGUGUUUUACUCGCACCACGCGAUGAUUGACGCGCUCCAGACCAUUUACCUCAAGUGCCGCGUCCGCGACAAGGGCAUUACCUCUGGCGACAUGAUCUUCCAAGGGUGCCAGUCGACGUCGGGAACGCCGAUCACUGGCAACUCCAAGAUCGCCAUGCGUGUCGUCGUUAAUGGCAAGGCCGUGCCCGUCGACGACGAGCCAAGCGUCAAGGGUUUUUUUGCGGGCCUCCCCACCACGUACAUGGGCUACACGGACGCGACGCGCCUCAAUGCCCACAGCUAUGCGUACGAGUUUACCGGCCUCUUGAGCGAGCUCUACGACAAGUGCGAGAACGCGGGCACGACACCGACACCGGCGCCGCGCCGCCUGGACACCACCACCAACGCGACCCUUGAGCACGCGACGCUUUCGGCCGAGAGCUGCAACCUCGUCGACGCGCAAACGUACCUGAAAUGGAGCUACGCCAUGCACGCGGCCGGCGCGGCGCAGCACCUCACGAGCGCGCAAGUCGACGACGAUAUUGAAAAAGUGCGCGCCGCGUUCUACGACGACUGUCUUCAGGCGUCAGAAGAUUUCACGCCCGAGUUCAAAGCCAUGUGGCAUUUUCCCGCGCGCUGGGACGUUCAAGUGCUCAAGAGCGUCAAGGACGGUUCGCGGCCCAUUCAACUCCAAGGCUGGGCCGACCUCAACAUGCAGCAUUUUGGCUGCCGCGGUGAUGCGACCAUCAAGCCGAUUUGCGUUUAG